AUGUGCCUCUACGAAGAGGAGGCGGCCACGUGGUGGAGGAGCGCCCUGCUGUGGCAGACCUUCUUCAGCACGGCCGUCGUGGUGGUGGUGCUCCGGGGGUUCAUCGAGUACUGCAACUCUGGGCAGUGCGGGCUGUUCGGCCGCGGCAGCCUCAUCCUCUUCGAUGUCAACGAUGUCAAGGUGUCGUACCAUGUCAACGACCUGCUUCUGGUGGCGCUUAUCAACAAUAUUGAAUUCCACUGUGACGCCAUUAAUGGCGAAGCUAGUGCUGAGUCUCAGCAUCUCGCUCUUCACCUCCAUCUACCUCUACGGCCUGUCGUUCUUGGCGUCGUGCAUUGGAUCAGUGUCGACUCGGCAGAGGUAGUGUGCCCGACGCCGGAGGGCAGCGACAACUUCAAGCAAUUCAAUUGCCCCAGUGGGCACUACAACGACCUGGCCAGCCUCCUCUACGCCACCAAUGACGACGCCGUCCGCAACAUCUUCUCCUCCUCCACCCCUUCCGAGUUCCACUUGCUCUCUCUUCUCAUCUUCUUCCCGCUCUACUGCGUCCUCGGCCUCGUCACCUUCGGCAUCGCCGUCCCCUUCGGCCUCUUCCUUCCCAUCAUCCUCAUGGGCUCCGCCUAUGGCCGCCUGCUAGCUCUCGCCCUCCAAAGCUACAUCCACAGCGGUCACGACCUCUACGCCGUGCUCGGCGCCGCCGCCCUCAUGUCCAGCUCCAUGCGGAUGACCGUCUCCCUCUGCGUCAUCUUCCCCGAGCUCACCAACAACCUCCUCCUCCUCCCCCAGAGGAGGCCCCGCAGGUGA